AGAAGCAUCAAAUAUGAUCAAAAACUAAUUGUAGAUUAUAUUUCAGUCACCAGGCGAUGUGGUUGCACAUCUGCUGUGUGUCCACCCCCAGAUGCACCUUGUCCUCCUCCACCUGCCCCUCCAGCACCAGUACCACCUGGUCCUCCAGGGCCUCCCGGACUACCAGGCUCUAACGGAUGUCAAGGUCCUCCAGGGAUGGCCGGUUGUCCUGGGCUUAAAGGGCCACCAGGCAAUGGAGGGCCACUCGGGCCACCGGGGCCUAUUGGACUUCCCGGUAAACCCGCUCUUCCCGGUCCACCCGGGCCACCUGGCUGCAUGGGAUUACCUGGCCUCCCUGGAUGUGCGGGAAUGAAAGGACCAGCAGGACCAGUUGGGCUGCCAGGCCCCGUAGGACCAGCAGGACCACCUGCCCUCCCAGGCCCUCCUGGAAUACCUGGAAAAAUGGGCUGUGCUGGUGCUCCCGGAUGCCCCGGUUUCAAAGGGGAGCCCGGAGCGAUGGGACCAAUAGGACCUCCAGGAGCUCCUGGAAAACCCGCUCUUCCUGGCCCUCCUGGCCAACCCGGAAGUAUAGGACCGCCAGGUCUCCCCGGUUGCAUCGGCAUGAAAGGAUGCAACGGCAGUCCCGGAGCCCCAGGAUUUGUUGGACCUGCUGGCCCUCCAGGACCCCCAGGCGCUCCGGGUCCACCAGGACCACCUGCUGAGCAACCGUGCGCCCCUUGCGGUGGUGGCUGCUGCGGUUAAACUGCGCAUGCAGCCAAAACAGUACGAGUUAUUUCAAGUGCGAUUAUUAAAGCCUUGUUAAUGAGAGAUGGAAAGGACGAUAGGAAGAUGUUUUUCACAUCAAAAUAUUCCUUUAUUUUGUAGUGCAUGUCACGGUUGAGCAAUAAAAAGGAUGCUGACCCAUUCUCUAAACAUAGUGUCAUGACUGUACAGGGGCCAUAUGACAUUUAAAUAGUAGUCCCAGAUAAUUAUAGGCAGUAGGGCUACCUUAAGUUAACUAUCCUUACGCCCGAUAUCCGAUUAUGUUUUGACCCUUUGCACCCUAAUAUCAGUGUGCUUAUACAUUUCCUACGGUACUUACGAGGAUGGUUUUUGACAAUGAUCAGCUCCUUAGGAAGGCAAUCAGUUUUUCUUUUUUAUUUUCAAGACUCAGGAGUGUUAAUGUAAGGAGAAAAGCUAGUCACCUUUAGGGUUUCAAACGUUAAAACACUAUGUAAGGGUUUCGUCGUGCAGCAGGCCACUCGCAUAUCCCUAUAUUUAAAUUUCUCAAGAAAGACCAUUCACGAUGGUAAUGUACAGGCAGGUGAUCAUGUUUCGCGGUACUUUUAAGUUAAUUCAUUGGUUGUUGAAUGGCUAGAAGUACACGCUUUGAGGUCAAAUGCUGCACCGUCAUGAAUGUGGAAAUGUGAGCUUUAAUUUCCGAUUGAUUUUUAUUUACUACUUUUUAAUAAAAAUACCUGACCAUAAAUUUUGGAGAGAAGUAUUUUAAAAAGUAGUUGUAAAAAACUUUUUCUUCCUCCUUUCUUUUUUUUGCUUCCUGGAGAGCCUUCCCCCUCUCUCGGCAAGCGAAAAAAAUCGCAAAACACGUCUUGAAGGUCUCCAAAACCAUGAAUUAAUUGCGACAAGCCUCAUUAAAUUUACUUUGAAAUUCCUUCUUACAAAAUUUUGCCCUUUAUUUUUUUACUUCAACUAGUAGGGUCUAGAUGGCUGCAUGCUGGUAAACUUCCUUUUUUCGUUUUUAUGGACCUUUCUUAGUGUCGGUCCCUGAAAACUAGUUAUCUUCUCCCAUCAAUGAUAUCCAUAUAUUCUAAUAAAUCAACCUCACGCUUGGUUAAGGCCACAUAAUGAUAUUUCGAAACGUUUUCUGUGAAGCAUAACAUCACCUAGGGUAGAAAUCACCGAAAAACUAAAAUAAUCUAGAGCAAAAGGGGACGGAUUAAGGAUGCACCCAGAAAGGAUUAACACGGUUUGGGGGCUGUGUCCAACUCACACGAAAAACGUAACCUUAACAUUUCAGGAUACACAAGGCAUGAAAUAGCUGUUCAGUUUAAGAGAACAAAUUAAAAUGACUCCGAUCCUCCUCACAGACCACGAUAUAACUGAGAUAUACGAAGCACGAAUUCACUAGACAAGAAAGAAUUUGUUCAUAUCAAAUUGAGAGUUGAACUUUUAAAUUUCAUCAAAUUAUCAUUAAAAAUCUAACGCGUUAAAGAAUACCAAAAAUGCUUUCAACCUUGCUGAAUGCAGUGACUUUCCUGCAAAACAUAUUUCAAAAACUUGCUGUAAAACAAAUACACUAAGUAUUUCUCUCGUUAACCGAAAAAGAAUUCGUGUAAUGAGUGCUUGUGUUCUUGAGAUCCACGUACAAACGUCUCUCAGUGAUUUCCUGACUCGAAAAAACGGCUGUCGAAUUUCUCAGUCAUCGUGCUUUAGGAUCUGGUGGACGGACUGCAGUGAAUCAUUAGCAAUACCUUUUCUACACGUCCUCAUUCAUAUAACUACUUCAUUUAUUACAGUGGUAGUUCAUGGUAACAUUAAUUAAACGAACGAACAAACAGAGUAGUUUUCUUUAAAAUCACUUUUGACUUUCGAGAGACAAGCAUCAAGACACCUCAAAACAUAGUUGAAUCUAUAAAAUACAAUAUAUAUAUUUUGUUAAAAAGCUUGAGGCUUCCUAUGCGCAUAUUUAAACAUAUUUAUGGAACCAUAUUGUUCCAUAGUCAUUGCACAUCUAUAUCUGAGCGCAAAAUGUCUCUCAGCGAGCACAAAUCUUGGACAAUGGUAGGCCUUACCGGGAGAUUAGGAACCAACAGCAGACAUCUGAAUUCUUUCAUUUACAAUUUAACAAGUUUGACACAUUUAAAAAAUAAAAAGAAACAAGCAAACUCUGUGUUUGACGAGUUGUUUCAAUCAUGCCACCCUAUUUCUUAGGUGAUAAAAGUUUUUAUCACAUGAAAAUCUGCUUAAGGUCAGAAUUUCUUUUAACAGCUCCUUUAAAAAUUGGCUUGAAGUGGAAAAUAACUUUGGGAUGGCGUAAAGAAGCAUUAAUCAGCUAGCCGAAGCGUGAAACUUUGAUAAAUAAACUGUGCCAGAAUCAUUGGAACUCAUCAGGAUUACCUGUAAUUACCAAGUGAAGAAUGAAAGCACAACCUGCCCAAAUAUUUACCUUAGCUUUUCUCCUACUAAUUUUCCACUGUAAAAUGAGUUGUAAUCUUAACUGAUAGUUUAAUUUCUGUUUCACUUUCCUUAUAUUAUUGGUUCUUUUCAUAAUUACGAGGUUUAAUUUUCACUUAAUCCUAUCAUGUUACAGGUGAAGUAUUUGUUAAGCAGCAUUUAACUUGUCUUUAAGGCCAAAUGGCAAAAUGUGCCUCGCAUUUAAAAAAAACACAUUAUCUUAAAUCUGUUUGCAAACGGCCUUGUAAUAGAGUGUCUUUAACAUUUGUAACUCAUCAUUUUCCCGCACUUAGAUUUUUACAAACAAAACUCUAACACUAUCCAUAAUAUUUAAAACGAGAAGAAAAUAGCACACAAUAGACCCAAGUCAAGCGUGACAAAGUGGGCUUGACACAUUACUAUUUAAACCACUGUCCAUUUUAGUGACACCAAACGAGUUAUUUUGCAACCUAACGUCACCUGCUCGUUAUGAAGUUCUUGACCAAUCAGAACCCAACACCACCAACUUAGCCAUUUAAAAUUAAUCACUUUCAUGUCGGUAAAUACUACUAGCGCAUCAAAGUAGGUCACAUUUUAACCGACUUUACAGGAUAGGAAAAUCGGUGAGUCCUACAUUUAUAUGUUGCAUAGUUUGAAACCAAGAUUUUCACAGAUUCGCUGAGAAUUUUGAUGGAUGUUUCCUGUUAUAAAGACUAAGCUAUUUAAGAGUAGUCACAACAUUAUUAUUUUGUCUAUGUUAUCUUGUUGAUUUUUUUUAACAUGACCGCGGUUCCAUUUGAUCUAUAACAUGAUCGAAUUCCUGAGAUCAAUUACCCUAAAUCAAACACUUUCAAAGUUCAAAAUGCUCCUUGUCGACCUUUUUCUAAUAUCUUUUCAGAACUACAUCGCUGUGACUCUUCUUCCAAUAUUUCUAACUUAAACUUAUGAGAAAUAGCUGAGGAUACUUACUUCAUCUAUUUCAUUAUCAUUUUAGGUAAGAUGAAUUCCAAGAUAAUAUUUUUAUUUGUUCUUGCCUUCGUCUGCUACGCACAUGCUAGGUCGACAAAAGGUAAGUUCGCUAGUUUAUUUUGUAAAGUUUGAAAUAGGUCAAACGUGAAACAUAAUAGCUUUGAUAAAAAAACAAUUAAGAUGUUUAUGUUAAGAUAAUAAAUCUCUGCCAAACUUUUGCAAGUCAAAAUCAUCAGCUUCUGCAACAGAUUUUCGAAGCAAGAACCACGAAUGCCUAAUAUUGAGAAAAAUGAUUCCAUCAAUUUUCGUCAAACUGUGUAAUCUAUUUUAGACCCUUGUAUGGGAUGAUUGUCUAAGAAAAGUGACUUACUUAACACAACGCACGCCAGGUGGCAUCAAAUCGAAAAGAAAACCAGUUCUAUCACCGAAUACAAUCCUAAAUAUAAUUUAAGUUCGUUUCCUGCCAGUUUGAACUAAAUUUUUCGACCCGAUGAUCUGAACCAAUGAGAAUUAAUAAUUUUAAUGUAAUUAGAACGAUUAAUGAUUGUAAUAUUUCAGGACAGGAAGCAGCUUAGGAAGAAGUUCAUUGAUCUCGGCAGAGUUUUACUAAUCGAGUUCAUGGCCAUUAUCCUUUCGUAUCAUGAACCUUUUUUUUUUUUUCAUCUUCUUCCGACGAUUUAGACCGUAAAAUUAGUUGAUACCCGCCUGUCAUAGCGAAAUCAUGUUAGCAGGUGGUACUUUUCUCAACAGCUUCUUUGGAUUGAAUCAAUUGAUUUUCAUUUGCCUUUCUACGACGAGGUAGCCUUUUACAUUGCAACGUAUUCAAGUGAGAAAGAUUUCACUUCCAUUUACCCUGCCUAUUCAAUUACUCCUCUUAGUCAUAUGAAUUCAAUUUAAAAUGGAAACCUAAGUUACUUUAUUAAUUUCUGGAUGCAGGUGGUCAUUCAACUGUAGAGUGACUGGUGAGUUAAAAAGGCAGUGCUGUCACUGGAGUAGGGUUAUAACGUUUCACGAUGCUUGGGCGAAAGGUGCAAUAUUUUUUCUUUUGCACUCCCUUUAUUUCAACAGGCUCCAAACGUUGUUGUCCCUGUUGUCCGCCUCCUCCACCACCACCACCACCAGUUCAACAGGUCGCUGGACCACAGGGACCACCCGGACAAUCUGGAUGUUCUGGUCCCCCAGGAGCACCCGGAUGCCCAGGAUGGAAAGGAUGCCCAGGACCAGUCGGUCUCCCAGGACCUCCUGGUGCCCCUGGACCUCUCGGACCAGUAGGACCAAUGGGACCUAAAGGAUGCGGUGGAAGCCCAGGCCUCCCUGGUUGCCCCGGACUUAAAGGAUGCCCAGGAUGUGCCGGUCCACCAGGACCUCCAGGAGCUCCUGGACCUCAGGGAGUUCCCGGAGCUGCUGCCCCAGUCCCAUGCCCACCUCCACCACCUCCUCCAUGCUGCCCUGCUCCCGCAUGCUGCAAGUAA